UACAUCGGCAGAAAAGUUUGCCGCGAUAAUUUACCAGCAACUUGUAUCUGUGAUAACGAAACACGAUGACGUGUGCUUUGCCGCAAGUGAAAGUAACUCAUUAGUGGUAGGAGCAAUACACGUAGGCCUUCAAUAUCAGUAUAUGUUUUGUUGAUCGCAGUCUCUCGCGAGUCGUCGUUACGUUUAGUCGGCAUUUUUACGUUUCACUCCGAUAACGAUGUGCGGAAUAUUUGCAUACAUUAAUCACUUGACUCCUAAGACCAAACGGGAAAUAUUAGAACUGCUGGUUACUGGUUUAAAACGCUUAGAAUAUCGUGGCUAUGAUAGUGCGGGUGUCGCGAUCGAUGCCGCAGACCAUAAAGAUAUAGCUGUGAUUAAAAACAGCGGGAAGGUAGCGGCUCUAGAAGAAGUAUUGCAAGAGCGCAGCUUGGACCUGUGCGUAGAAGACAGCGUGGAGUCGCACUGCGGCAUCGCACACACCCGCUGGGCCACCCACGGUGAACCCAGCUCCAUCAACUCGCAUCCGCAACGCUCAGGUGAUGAUAACGCUUUCGUUGUCAUCCACAAUGGCAUCAUCACCAACUACAAAGCGGUCAAGACCUUCCUUGAGAACAAGGGGUAUGUCUUUGAAUCACAAACUGACACUGAAGCCAUUGCCAAGUUGAUCCAUCAUCUUUACAACCAGCAUAAGGACUACAAUUUCCAGGAACUGGUUGAGCAGGUAAUUCAGCAGUUAGAGGGGGCAUUUGCAUUGUGCUUCAAAUCACGUUAUUUUCCUAAUGAGUGUGUCGCAACCCGAAGAGGAAGCCCUCUACUUGUGGGCCUUAAAAUGCACCAUCACAACACCAGCGAUCAUGUCCCUAUUAUGUACACCAAUAAUAAAGCUACCCGUGGAGUUGUUCCCACAGUUCCACGAGUUGAUAGUCAUGCCCAAUUUCAACCUGAAGAAGAGCGUACUGUUGAAUAUUUCUUUGCAUCAGAUGCAUCUGCAGUAAUUGAACACACAAACCGUGUACUAUACUUUGAGGAUGAUGAUGUCGCUCAUAUCAAAGAUGGGGUUCUUAGUAUUCACCGGUUGUCGGGCAGCAGCAAUGAUCCACAUCAAAGAGAAAUUUUGACUUUGAAAUUGGAAUUACAGCAAAUAAUGAAAGGAAACUAUGACUAUUUCAUGCAAAAAGAAAUUUUUGAGCAACCGGAAUCCAUUGUAAAUACUAUGAGGGGUAGACUUAACUUUGCUAAUGGUACUGUCACUUUAGGAGGCAUUAAGGAUUAUAUCCCAGAGAUUAAACGGUGCCGCAGAUUAAUGUUGAUUGCUUGUGGAACCAGUUACCAUAGUGCCGUGGCAACUCGUCAGUUGUUGGAGGAACUAACAGAGCUUCCAGUUAUGGUAGAACUAGCCUCCGAUUUCUUGGACAGAAACACUCCAGUAUUUCGUGAUGAUGUUUGUUUCUUCAUUUCACAAUCUGGAGAGACAGCUGAUACCCUAAUGGCCCUGCGCUACUGCAAACGUCAUGGUGCUUUAAUUGUUGGAAUCACUAACACAGUGGGCAGCUCCAUCUGCCGUGAGUCCCACUGCGGUGUGCAUGUUAAUGCUGGUCCUGAGAUUGGUGUAGCCUCAACGAAAGCUUACACUUCACAGUUUGUCUCUCUUGUUAUGUUUGCCUUGGUUAUUAGUGAGGAUCGUAUUUCCCUACAAAAACGCCGUGCUGAUAUUAUAGCAGGGCUUCAUGAACUGGACAGCAAAAUUAGGCAAGUCCUAGCCUUGGAUUCUGAAGUGAAAGCUCUUGCAGAAGAUCUCUACCGCCAACGUUCACUGUUGAUAAUGGGCCGCGGCUACAAUUUUGCUACGUGCCUGGAAGGUGCUCUUAAGGUAAAGGAGUUGACAUACAUGCAUAGCGAAGGCAUAAUGGCUGGGGAAUUAAAACAUGGGCCUCUAGCAUUAAUAGAUGACUCUAUGCCUGUCGUGAUGAUCGUCAUGCGGGAUCCCGUGCACACCAAGUGCAUGAACGCGCUGCAGCAGGUGACGGCGCGGCAGGGGCGGCCCAUCGUCGUGUGCGAGGAGGGCGACGAGGAGACCAUGUCCCUCGCGUCCCGAUGUCUGCAGGUGCCAAAGACUGUGGACUGCCUGCAAGGGAUCCUCACUGUGAUUCCCAUGCAGCUGCUAGCUUAUCAUAUCGCUGUAUUACGUAACUGCAAUGUUGAUUGCCCGCGAAAUCUCGCUAAAUCCGUAACAGUCGAGUAAUUGUAAAAUCGUUAUUAAUGCGCAGCAAAUCUUAUCAUCAUUUAAUACGAUUGUUCUCGUUAUAGUGAGGUAAACAAUGUUAGGCAUAGUUUUGGAUUACAUUGCAAUUUAAAAUAAGUGGUAACAAGUUGUACAUCAACAAAACCUUUGAUAGUUAAAGAAGUAUCCUGCUGCAUGAGUUAUUUCCCUGUGGACAAGAUAAACAACCAUCCUAACAAAGCAAACCAUGCACGCAUUUGCGGGGCCAAUCAGUUUUUGAACUUGCUAUAAUAUAUUAUAGCUAAUUAAUAAUCAAGCCAUCAUGUAUAAGGCUCCUCAAGGAAAAUAUUACCUAUUUUUUCAUUUAAUACAAUUGGUAUUGAUUAAUCUGAUUAGAUAUUUCUGUAUCCAUGUUAAGUAUUGUAGAUCGGGUAUUUUUCGAUCAUACCAACUGUUAGCUUACUGAUAGUAUUUUGAAAGUUAUCGUGUACUAUGUCUGUCUAUUGAUUUCGCUUUUUUUUUUUUUUUUGCAUCUGAAGAGUAUAACAGUUAUUAUUAUUAUUAUUAUUUGGAGCCUGUCGUGUCCCACUGCUGGGCAAAGGCCUCCCCCCAAUCUCUCCACUGAUCUCUGUCGAGUGCUAUGUCUGGCCACUCCUUCAAGAAGGAGUCCAGUUCAUCCCGCCAUCGCCGGUGAGGUCUGACAAAUACAACUACUUAUUUGAUAACAAUAAAUAUUGAAUACAAUAAAACAGUCCGGGUAAUCUACCCAAACUUUGUUUGACAGACAUGCCCUAACAAUGCAACCUACCCCAUUAUAACGUGUUCAAUACAAUCGUUACAGGUCAUCCGCGAUAAAUUAAAUAAGAAAGUAUUAGGUACGUUUCUUGAAUUCACAUGUUAACAUUCCAAUCACAAUCAGUGAGUGCAAAUGUGACUCGCUUUUACCAAAGAUUCAUUGAUUGUGUAAGGCGUGUAAAGUCUGGAAAUAUCGUGCUCAGAGUUUUACUCAGAAAGAUGGCGCUAUCGCUCCAUAUUGUGGUCACUGAAUUGCCUAACGUCAUCUUUUGACAACCAGACCGCAUAAUAUACGGAGGCGUACAGCGCCCUAGAUUAGCUGUCAAAUUAGAAGCACGAAUUCGUCUUAGGCUUUACACAUCCUAUACUUGGUGAAUCUUAACUUUACUUACAAUGUAUCGUUUUGAUUACUAUCCGAUAUUUAGGUGCCUAUAUUUUAAUUGUUAUGUUUUAUAUAUAUAUACUUAUACUAAGUUUUCUUCUCGAGUUUAAUAAGGGGCUUGUGGGACUAUAUGUAUUUAUGUAGCCGAGAAUACUUUACUAGCUAAUGAAAGAUCUCUGAAAUAACUUUGGUCAAAACUUUGCGAUGGUUAAAUGAGAGUACACCUACUAUUGAACUAAUUAUACCAUCAACUUCGAAAAACAAUGUUUGAUCAAAAUAACUCAAGAGAUAAAAGUGACUUGGUUACGCGAUAUUACUUAGUAUACCUAUAAAGUAACGUGAAUAUAAUUUACAAUUAUCCUAGUCAAAAAAGAGAAAUAAAUUAAAAACGCAACUUGUGUUAACAUAACUAUUUGGUUUUAAUUGUGGCUGCGGACUUGGGGAGUAUAAUUUUCGAACUUGUUAAAAAAAGUUUACAGUACAUAUGGUGCUACUUUACCGCACUAGUGUGAAAAUUAGCAUAUUACGUUACUAUGUCGAACAUUAAAAGGGCCAUAUGUACUGUAAAACGUUGUACGAUAAAUGUGCGAAUAGGUAAUUCGCACUUGUAUCGUAAUGUACUAUUAUAGUUUAAGUUUCGUCCAGAAGAAGUGUAAAAUAUUUCUACAAUGCUUCUAAUAAAUAGUGAUAUUGAGUCACCAUAAACCUCAUAGGUAUUUUCGUAGAAAUGUGACAUUUAUGGAGACUCUAGCUAGGUCCCACUCUAUUUGCUUUCAUUCAACGUCUUUUAGGAUCAUCUACUUAUAAUUAAUAGCCCCAUUUUACGCAUUUAUUGUUAACAUACUUUGAACUGAAAUCUAUGGCGUGUUUCUGCUCAUCAAACGAUAAACUUAAAAAAUAAAUGUAUUUCUUGACGGAAAUUAAUACUGUCAAUUCCGAUAUUUGGUUAACUUGGAACUUUACUUUAGGCGAGAGAAGUUGGGCUGGCCUCAGUUGAAGAUAACUUUACACUAAUCUUUAAACUGUAGUAAUGAAAUACAGCCUGCGUCAAAUGGCUGAUUAAUGUCUGACAGAAGAGUCCGCUAGACAGGAUUAAAAGUGCGCACUUUCCUAAAGCGACGGAGAAUCCAAUUCUUCUGAUGUUGUUAAAUAAGUUAGGUCUCAACCAAGUCUGAGGAAGAGGAAGAUUAUUGGUAAUUAAUCUUACUGCUACAGAAAGCUUACUUGCAGGCAUGAGGCAACAACACUAGACUUAUCCUAUCCGAAUAGUCACCAUAUUAUAAAUAGUGCAAUAUGAAUGACCACGAGAAUUUGCUUUAUAUUAAGUAUCUACUUAAUCACAUUCCGUCAGAUUUUCCUUUUGUACAGUCAGCACCAAAAGUAGCGGAUCUAAUAACGCUUCUUAAGUGGUUACUAUUCUGUAACAGCUUAACAAAAAGUGAUGGCUUUAAUAUAUAACAACUGAAGACUGCAAAAAAUAUACUUCGAAACAUGAAUUUUAGAAUUUUUUCUAAGUUUUGAUAAGUUAUCUGGGAUGUUAGAUACUUUUGGCGCGUUGUUUCAUCCGCUUAUAUUGAUGCUGGUUGUACGGCAAGAUAUUUCACCUAUAAUCACAUUUCUAGAUUAUUUAUUGUUAGAGACAUUGGUUGAUAUAUAUGGUAUUAUAUUACAUUACUGCGACUUCCUAUAGUAUUUGUACUUAGUACUGUUUAGUGUAUUUCAAUUGUCAGUUUAUAAGUUUAUUCCAAAAUAUAGGUAGUUUACAUUAGAGAUUAUUAGUAGGUAAUGAUGUAAGCGACAGCGAAAUAGUUUGGUGCACAGUACAGCUACGUCUUGGAUUGCAUCUAAAAUUAUCAUUUGCAUUUUUCAAUUUUAUUUAAUGUUAUAUACCAAAACAUGCAUGCCAGCGAUACAAACUAAAUCGUUAUUGUGCUUUGGUUUAAGAUUGAUCACAUAACUCUUAAACGUUCUCAAAAUCGCUUCAUUCGAAGUAAGGCUAAGCAUAAAAUAAAUUGAAUGUACUACCGAUCUAUCUUAUUAACAAAGGCUAAUUAAUGUACAUAAAUAAGUGUCCGUGUACCAACUAUGUACUCUCGUUUUCAUCCAUUUUACUUAUGAUAGUUAUCAUACUUUAGUAAGCUAGAAUUUAGUGUAAUAAGGAAAAUAUACUACCAAUAAGGCUUUUACGCGUAACUCUCAAUGGAUAAUGAAGGUGUGAAGUGUAAAACUAUAGUUCAGCUAAACCAGGUACAUUCUAACUAUACAUAUUCUAACAACUGUUUGGAACUAAAAUAUUAUAAGUAGCCCAAGUUUAUAUUUCUUCAAGAUUUGUUCAUAUUUCUUAAGACAUUAAUAACCAUAGUAACUAACGGUCGUCGUGGAAAAAAAUCUAUGUGGUAAAAUAAUAUGUUAUGUGGUCCCUCCGGUCAAAUAUAAUUUAACUAAAUGAAGUUCAUAAAGCAGUAGUCUUCUGAACCCCCAUUGUAAAUUUAUUCUAUAGCGUGAGGUGACGUACGCGUUUGCGUUAAGUCUCAUUUUGUAUGGGAUUUAGAAACAGCGCGCCAAGCGGGAUGUUUAGGAAACUCAAAAUCCCACACAAAAUUUAUAAUCCUAUCCCGUAGUUAUUUAUACGCACAUAUUCAUACAUACAUACAUACACACAUACCCUCACAUAAACACUCUCACUUACCUAAAAGUUACUGAGACCUUUUUAACUGUCUUUGUACUUAGUUUGAUAGUUAGUAAUAUAAUAAAAAAAUUAAAUUUGCUUUAACAAUAAUGUAUACUGUUAAAAUAUGAACCGCAUCAUUUCAAUACUUCUCUGAGAUUCCCACGUUACAGGCUGAGCCUAGUGUGGGGAUCAUUGUACUGUUGCUCAUGUAAUGCCAAAUUCUUGAAAUAAAUAUAUUAUUCUAUUCUAUUUAAAAAAAUGCACUUAACGCAAACGUGUACGUCACGUUACGCUAUCGAAUAAAUUUACACUAGGGGUACUGUAUCUGAAGUUUUCUUACUCUUGAGCUCUAAAAACGCUGACCCUCUUUUUCUUAAUACUAUUCAAAUUAAUGUACAGUCAGCGUCAAAUACUUCGUAGCAGUCAAAGUAGCCAAAUAGUUCGGUACACCAUAUAUUUAGUAUGGUGUACCGAACUAUUUGGCCGCUUUGACUGCUACGAAGUAUUUGACGCUGACUGUACCUACCAAUUUAUGGUAAUCUCGUGCUCGUAUGAUGCUAUAUUAUUUGACACCGUGUUUUUACGUCGGCGGCUCCUUAAGGAAGCGUGAAAGGCUCGCCCCGAGCACGGAACAGUGAAGGACUCUGCUGAGAUUGAAACUUAUUCAAUAGAUAACCAUUUUAUUUUAUGCAUUUUACUUGUGAUACUUAACUCAAUUUUAGUGGUUUAUUUUCCAUAGUCCACUUUUCAGGCAACAGUUUCCUGUAUAGUUACAUUACAGGAGUCCUAAGUUGAGCGCGUCGCCUUAGGUAGAUGAAGGUAAUAAAUGUCUCAAAAUUUGUAAGUAAUUUAGGUACGCGUAAUGAGAGAUUCCACUUGGUUUGACGAGGUGAUGCGCUCGGCUUGGUAUGCGCUGACUCGAUAUAUUUAGUUAUCAAUCAUUUAUCUUGUAUUUGUUGACAUUGUUAGAUUUUCUUGCAAAUCGUCACAAUCACAAGUAUUUAGUCUAAUGUAGAGAUUAAUAAUAAUAUACGUUUUAUUUUUCAUAUUUUAUGUACGUGCAUAGAAUUAUAAUAUAACUUUAUUUUGUGAUAUUA